AUGACGAGUCUCAUAUCUAUGAGGAGACUCGCACGUCUGCCUUUGCGCGUCGGUGCAACGCGCAUACAACCGAGGCCUCUAGGAGCAGGCACUCAACCCUCAUAUUCAAGACUCUUUUCAACAAGGAACGGCCUUCUGGCACAUCUCCCAAAUAGCCCAAUCUUCCGAGCUAUCAAGGACCAUGAUCCAGAAGCUUUGGCGGUUCUUCAUAGCCUGUCCAGGCGGUCAUUCACCUACGGGAACUUGACGGCCGACGUUUCGCGCGCAAAAGAGGACCUUGAACGUCAGGCUGUCAAAGUCAAGGGUGGAUUAUCGAGUCUAUCUGGCGAGAGAAUUGCUUUUAUGGCUGAGAAUGGUUACGAUUAUGUCGUGAUGCUCUUGGCUAUCUUGGGCGUUGAUGCCAUUGCUCUACCAUUGUCUCCUGCCUUUCCAACCGGCGAAUUGAAAUACAUCCUAGACAAUUCACAGGCCAAGAUCGUGCUAGCCACGGAAAAGCAUGCCGACAAGAUGCAGGCCGUAAUUCAGACUGGGUUAGAGCAUGAUCCUUUGUUUGAAAUUCAACAAAAGUUGAUGAAGGGGGCAAGUGGACAUGAGAAUGUCUCUCUAGAGGCAUCAAAUCGUGAUCUGGAGUCCUCAUCAGGUGGGAUGAUGCUGUACACUUCUGGCACGACCAAUCGACCUAAAGGAGUGUUUAUUCCCGAGCGAGCAAUCACUGCACAGGCAACUUCUCUUCUAGAGGCUUGGAAAUACUCUCCUCAGGAUCGCCUUCUUCAUCUCCUUCCGCUACAUCACAUUCACGGCGUGAUCAAUGCGAUAGUCACGCCUCUCUUUGCUGGUUCUUCGAUUGAAUUCAUGUAUCCUUUCAACACAGAUCAUGUCUGGAAUCGUCUCGCAGAACCAUUCAUGACCUCAACUUCAUUGUCCCAUACCCCGACACCCAAAAUCACCUUCCUGACAGCCGUUCCCACAGUCUACAACCGCCUUCGCUCCUCCUUUCCCUCCCUCUCCCCAGAUAUUCAAAAAGCCGCGCAAAAAGGCAUCUCCCCAAGCAAUCUCCGCCUCAACAUCUCCGGCUCUGCAGCGCUUCCCACGCCCACCAAAGCUGCCUGGCAAACUCUCAGCAAUGGAAAUGUCCUCCUUGAACGAUUCGGCAUGACCGAAGUCGGCAUGGCGCUAAGCUGCGGCCUAGACUUUGCAGACCGUGUCGACGGCAGUGUUGGCUGGCCUCUGCCUUCAGUCGAGGCUCGUCUCAUGGAUACGGAGACGAAUCAGGUCAUACCAGUGGGUGAAGAGCAAGACGCCAAUGGACGUGAACGCGUAGGAGAGAUCCAACUUCGUGGACCUACGAUCUUCCGUGAGUACUGGGGCAAUGAGAAAGCUACGAGAGAGAGCUUCGUGAGAAGCGAUGACGGGGGCAAUCCAUGGUUCUGCACAGGUGAUGUCGCGACAAGACGGGUUGUCGAGGGUGCUGGUCAGGGUACUAGUGGAGAAUGGGCGCGUGGUCCCAUGUAUUUCAUACAGGGCCGCAAGAGUGUGGAUAUCAUCAAGACAGGCGGAGAGAAAGUGAGUGCUUUGGAGGUCGAACGGGAACUGCUCUCUCUAUAUGCUGACCUCCCACUCUCCUUUCUUCUCUCCCGCGUUUCAAGACCCCAAAUCGCCGAAGUAGCCGUCGUCGGCCUCCCGUCCGAACAAUGGGGCAGUAAAGUCGUCGCCGUUGUCGUCCUUCACCCCGACGCACAUUUCACCGGCCGAAACGGUAAAUCCUGGGGUGCGAUGGAUAUGCGUCGGGCACUGAAGGACCGGUUGGUAUCGUACAAGAUCCCUCAGGAGAUGAAGGUGUUGGAUGCGAUUCCGAGGAACGCCAUGGGCAAGGUGAACAAGAAAGCAUUGGUCAAGGAGGUUUUUGGGGUCGAGGGCUGA